UAGAAAUAAUAGACUUUUUAGGAUCGAUUCAAGCUUGUCUUGAAUCGAUUAAAAUCGACUUUUACUCGAUGACUUUGACAGUUGAUGAAUUAAGAUAAUCACUAUAAGAUUACUUUUAAAAGCACAAUACAAAGUACCAAUCGAAGCGUUUCUUUAUAAAUAGCCUCUUUCUGAUUUUCUGAUUGGUCUAUAACAAUAUAAUGUUUACAUUGCCGCCGGUAAUUGAUGUAAUUAACUUUUUAAUAUACGGUACAUAGUAUUGAACAAUUCUUCAUCAUGGCUCCCAGUUUGAUAUGGGCCUAUUGCACAAAAGUUAACAAUGGCAGUAAAGUUAAGUGUGAUUUAUGUCAUAAACAGUUUUUGUUUAAUAAAAGCACAUCAACAAUGAUGAAGCACUUACAAUGUGCUCACAAGAUUGCUCCUCCGUCAAGUAAUGAAAAACAAACUCAGAAAAGAUUGAAUGACAGUCACAAUGAUUUCGAAGUUCAGCCUAAAAAAGUUUUAGUCGCUGUCGAAUCAUCUGUUCCAUCGGUUGCUUUGGUACCUCAAACAAAAUCAUCUCUUCAAGAGAAUACCACAGUACAAUCGCAGGUCCAAGGUCCUAUGGAUCGUUGUAUAAACAAUGCUAAUUCUUUUUCAGCUGGUGGACGUAGAUAUGAUCAAGCUACCACAGCUCUUUUACGAAUGAUCGCUGUUGAUAAUAUGCCUCUGUGUACCACAGAAAGACCAGGAUUCAGAAAAUUUAUUAAAACACUGCAACCGUUGUAUCACAUACCCUGUGAGCCAACUAUAACUAAUGCUAUGAGUCGUAAAUAUCAAGAUUUGUCGAAUAAAAUAAAACUUGAACUGCGACAGACUGAAUCUGUGUGUCUUACUACUGAUAUCUGGACUCACCAACACACAAUGAAAAGCUAUCUUGGCUUAACAGUUCACUAUCUGAAAGAAACUGAGAUGAAGACUGUUGAGCUGGGCGCUUAUCUCAUGGAAGAGAGGAAAACAAUGGACAAUUUGAGCUUGAAAUUAAGAAAUAUAUGCAAUGACUGGGGUCUUGAUGAUAGUAAAAUAGCAGCAUUCGUUUCAGACGGGGGCGCAAACAUCAAAGGAGCUAUUAAAAGUGAGUUCGGUGAUGGGAAACACAUUUCAUGUUUUGGACAUGUAAUAAAUAAUAUUGGUCAGCGCCUUUUCGAAGUUAAUAUUACUCCACCUGCAUCUGAAUCUCGAAAUCAAGUUUCCGACUUACCCGCUGAUGAAAAUGAUGCUAUUGACAAUCUUGAAGACUUAAUUACAGAUCAUACUGAGCAAUCGUCAUUGCGUGAGCUAUUGUCAAAAGUUAAACAAAUUGUCACAUUCUUUCGACAAAGUGAAAGAGCGACUACAGAGCUGCUGAAAUUACAGAAGGACAAGCCUGAAAAUUCUCGUCUGAAAUUAAUUCAGGAAGUGCGAACGAGAUGGAACUCCUGUUUUGAAAUGGUUGACCAUUUCAUUGUGCUUGCUGAUCAUGUCAGUAAAGUGCUUUUACAAGUGAAGAUGGACAAAUCUUCGAAAGCUAAGCCACCUAACAUGAUCACAGGUGAGGAAAUCGAUGCGUUAGUAGAAGUUCGUGACAUCUUAAAACCUCUCUUGCAAAUAACUCAAGAAGUUUGUUUUGAGAAAUGUGUAACAUUGAGCAAGUGCAUUCCUUUGAUUUCAAGUCUUAGAAAAAAGAUUGAAGAGUUAACGCCAGAAACUUUAAUUGGGCGACAUUUGAAAAAGAGAAUGGUUCAAGACAUCGAAACAAAAUACGGCAAUAUUGAAUCCGUAAAACUGUACGCUUGUGCAACAUUGGUUGAUCCUCGUUAUAAAAAGUUUGGUUUUCAAAGUAUUCGGGAUUCUGCACGAGCGGUAACUAAUGUCGCUGAUCUUGUCAAGACAGAACGAAAAUUAGCAUUGGCAGCAAUGGUGGCAAAUAUUAACCCUCAAGAUGAGAUAUUAGCUAUUCAAGGUCCGGAAUUUCAGAAAACGAACGAUGACAAUGAUGAUUUAUGGUCUUAUUUUGAUAACACUGUGAGUUGUAGUUCCAAUCUUGCAGAUUCUGAUGAGGCUGGAGGAUUACCAAUACAAUUACGACAAUAUUUGACACGCCCGGCUGUUAAUCGGAAACAAAAUCCUAAUCCGUUCACUGUGUGGGAAAACAACGCGUUCGCCGUCGUUAAGUUGACGGGGCGCACCAAUAACAACAUUGACGCUGGUGAGAACGACGGCGACGUUGCGGAUUACAACAAUCAACCACAACAACAACAUAGUAAACGUGAACUUCAAUCAACUAUAGCUGCAUCGGAAGAUUUACCACCUUCACCGCCGCUUCCACAUCCCCAACAACUGCAACAGCGACAAUUUCAGAAAAUUCCCGCUAUAUAUGAACAUAGCACGCAUUCACAUUCACAUUUCGACCAAUAUCAACCGCAUCAAGAGCAACAACCGUUUUAUAAUCAUUUUUAUACACAUGAAAGUUUGGCACAAACGUUAUAUCAACAAAAACAAUCAACUCGAACACAAACCAACAUCAACAAGUCACACAGCAUCAACAACUAA